AUGGUUGAAGAAAGUCUCAAGAACAAGGCUUGGGUCCGUAUCCAAGAGAAGUUGUACAUGUCUUGGAUCAAUGAAGUUCUCGAAAAACGUAACAUGGAAGCUACCAAUUUAACAUCAGAUAUGGCGGACUGUGUUAAAUUAAUAAACUUUCUUGAAUUGUUGUCAGGAGAGCGAGUAAUUGGUUACAUCCCGAAGGCGAAUAACCGAAUUAAGAGGAUAGCAAAUGGGGACCGGUUAAUCAAAUUUCUGAAAGACCAGUUGAAAUUUCCCAAUCCAGGAUGUUCUGCUGAAAAUAUAGUCGACCUUGGCACUGAUAAAGCUGAUAACAGACACUUACUGGGACUUUUGUACCUUCUUUUUAGAAAAUAUCGACUUGAUACAAUUAAAAAUGACGAAGGAACUGAAAAGGGAAAAGAAAAGAACAACGCACUUCUUGAAUGGGUUAAAAAAGUCACCACUGGGUAUGGACUUGAGGUCACCAGUUUCAAGUCUUCGUUUAGUGAUGGUGAAGUUUUCUUGGCCCUUGCUCACUUCAUUUCAAACAAGAGCUUUGAUUUUGAGGAAUUCAAAGAAAAGCCAACGGAAGAGAUAUUAGAUAAAGCAUUUACUGUUGCUCAAGAAAACGGUAUUCCAAGAGUUUUAGAAAUCACUGAUGUCACUGACCAUAUUUUGGAAGCAAGAGGAUAUGAGAUGUACGUAUCUCUGUUCCAUAAUGAGUAUUCAAAGAGACAACAAAUUGAGGCUUUAAAAGGAAACGUCAUGAAAAGUCAAGAACAACUUUCUAUGGAGGCAAGAUCACAGGAAGAUUUGGUCAAUCUUAAUGUCGAGCUUACAACAACACGAGACGACCUUAAAAGUGCUGUUGAAGGUCUUGAGAAGACCGCUGAAGAGAAGAAGAAUGAGUUUUGUGAACUUCAACUGAGAAGUAACACAUUGGAUGAACUGAUUAAAGAAAAGAAAGAACUCUACGGGAAAGUCGAGUUAGGGAAAAAUGAGAAGGAAGUUGGUGCGAAAUCUGCAGAAGAAUUGUAUGAGACGAACAAGAAGAAGAUUGAAGAGAAUCGUGACAUUAAAAAAGAUGACGAUGAAGAAAUCGAUGGAUUAACUAAACAAAUCGAAGAGACCAAAAAACGCAUAGAAGAAGUUAAAAUACUUUUGGAGAAUAAACGAACCAAAGAAGCCGAGUCAAUGGCUUCUAAAUAUGUCGAAGCACAGAAGAAAGGAGAAGAAAUGAACAAAAGAAAAUGUGAAGUGGAAGAAGAAAUUGAGGAAUUGGAAGAGGCGUUGAGUAAAAGAAAUAAAAAGGUUUCAGAAUUGGAGAAUGAGUUGGAUAUGGAUAAAGACAAUUUGGAGAGAGGAAACGCCUUACAAGAACUUUAUUUAAAUGUUGCUCCAGUCGAAGAGAAUUUGAGAGAACAUAUCGUUAACUUGCAUAAAUGGGCACCUUACAUAAAAAGUGGUGAAGGGUUCGGUACUGAAGAUGAGAAGUUGAAAGAUCUCAACAAACAAAAAGAAGGAACUUACAAAGAAAUAUUAAAAGCACUUGCUACCGAUCUUGAAGGUGAAAACGAUGAUCUUGGAAAAGUUCUUGUCGAGGUCAAAAAAGAUCAACUUAAGAAACAAACAAAGAAGCCAGCUAUCAAGAAACCAACGGUCAAGAAGGACAAGAAAUAA